AUGUCUGACGCAGCCGAGGGCUUUUCAGAGGAGGGGCCGUCUAAGCUGAGACCUGAAGACUGUGCUGCAGUCGGGCAGGUGUCUGGCAUGGUCCUCAUUGGUCUGGGCAUCUAUGUCAGGUUCAGAGGGGCUGUCCUCACGAGGGUCCGUCCUCGGGCUGUCCUUGAGUUGUCCUCUGCAUACCUGCUCCACAUUGCCUACCUGUGUCCGGUGAUGGGCUGCAUCACAGUGCUGCUUGGCUUUGCCGGGUAGUACGGAGCAACCUAAGAAAGCCGAGGCACUCUGUUGUUCUGCUUCUUGGACAUCGUUGUUAUUCCCACCCUGGAAAUCACAGCCGCCACAGUGGUCCUUGCCUUCCUCCCGAUUCUAAAAGUGGCCCUGGAGCACAACUUCGUGACCCUGAGGAAGAAAUUUAGAGGUUACGACGAGCCAGAUGAUAAUUCUAUGGAAUGGAACUUAGUCAUGGAGAAGGAUGUGAAUGUGGGCUAUUUUCCUAAGCUCCAGAAAAUAAUCAAGACUCGGAGCUCCAACCUGAGUGGGGGCUCACUGGGGGCAGCAGUGAUACAGCACCUCAAUGUGUUCACCGAGCUCUUGAAACCCAUUGUUUAG